UGUUGGUCGGUCAGUGUGGCAGACAGAGGGUCGAGUCAGUGUUGGCUGAGAGUAACUCUUACUUGUACCAUCAAGAGUAAUCAUGUUUGGAGGCUUAAAGAAGCUGUUAUUUCUUAUGCUGCUGGUUUUACCGGUCAUCAUCUCUAUAACAGAUGAAGGGCAUAUGAAGGCUUGGGCUCAGGAGGAUGAGGUAGAGGGAGAGGAAGAUGAUCUUACUGAUGAUGAUGAGGUAAAUGUGGACGAUGGUACUGGUGCUGAAAUAGAAACUGCAGAAGGCGGCGAAGAAGAAGAAGAGGAAGAAGAGGAGGCAACUGCCAAGGGAUCACCAGAUGCAGACACUGUUAUCCUUUUUACUAAGCCUAUUGGUGCAGGAACAGAACUACCUGCUGGCAAGUUGGUAGAGUUCCUUGUGGGCUUUACAAAUAAUGGUGACAAAGAUUUCGUUUUGGAUGCUAUUGAUGCAUCCUUCCGUUACCCGAUGGAUUUCAACUUCUACAUCCAAAAUUUCACCGCCAUUCCAUACAAUCGUGCUGUCAAGCCACGUCAGGAGGCAACUGUUAUGUAUUCAUUCUACCCUGCUGAGGCCUUUGCUGCACGUCCCUUGGGACUCACUGUCAACCUUGCUUAUCAUGAUGCUGAUGGAAACUCAUUCUUGGAGGCUGUCUUCAAUCAGACUGUCAGUAUUGUUGAGUUAGAUGAGGGUAUGGAUGGUGAGACCUUCUUCCUCUACCUCUUUAUGCUGGCCUUUAGUGUGCUGCUGCUUGUGGCCGGACAUCACUUUCUCUCCUCAUUCGGCCGCAAGAAGGGAAGCAAGAAGGCUGUCGUGGAGGUUGGUACCGGCAAACGUGACGACGUGGACUAUGAUUGGCUUCCCAAGGAGGUCCUCAAUGAAAUCAAGAAGACCCCACGUCAGUCACCUAGGCAACGGAAAGCCAACCGUGACGCUAGUUCUAAGUAAAUCCUCAGAUGUUACUACUGAAGAUGUUCAGUUGACUACACCAGAUGAUUAUCAGCAUUGUAAUCAUACCCAGUGUGGAGUAAGACAGAGAGAACAGGAACUGGAGUUUUCUGUAGAUGGAGACAUUAAUGGAAAGGGUUUUCUAUUCAUCUUAAUAACAUCAAAUGAAGGCAUGUGGCUGAUAUUGAUGACCCCCUGUGCCUGCUUACUACAACAGCCAUCGAAGUGUACAUUUUCAAGAUUGUUAGGGUUAUUUUUAUGUGCCCUUCAUCUCUUAAGUCUCAUAUCCACUAUACGUCAGUGCCCCCAAAGUUAUCUUCAGUCUUAUUGACUAUUUGUUAGCUGUUAAAAAGUUCACAAAUUAUAUUCAUUACCUCUCUUUAAGGCAUUUAGUCAGUGUGUCUGAAGACAGCUUUGGGGGCAUUGAAGAAUAUGCUUGGUUGUGGAUUAGUGUGGAAGCAAAACUUGUUGUCAUGGGUAUUUUUUUAUUUUAUUUGCUACAGUGUUAGCAAAACAGUGUCCUAUACAGUACUAAUGUAAUGGAGGACCAAUAAAAAAAAAUCUAUU